UGACGUUGUGUUCGUCACGGUCCGAUGAAGAAAGAUCCGUGGCUUUUUGUUUGUGCUGUGUUCACUUUUCAGUUACUGUUGUUCGUUUAUGGAAGCCUCGGAGAAGGGUGGAAAGAAUUUUCAUCUCUCAACAAGUUUAGUGACUUUACUGAUCAGUAUUGGAGUGCGAAACAACACGUUGUGGUUAAGUCCUCUCUAACCAAAUUAGAAAACACCGAUGUGGGUUCCAGGCGUAAGAGAGGAUAUGCGUCGAAUUUGAUGCUGAUAGAUGGAGCGGCAAAACAUGAAGGAACAGUGCUGGUCAACCGAAAUGGCCGUUGGGGUACUGUGUGUGAUGAUAACUGGACGCUGAAAGAAGCCAAUGUGGUGUGCAAAAUGCUCGGGUACCCUUAUGCUCUACAGGCUACGACUCGGGACUACUUCUUCAGUUCUGGUGAUUAUAACUAUUUGAUGGACGAUGUUGUCUGUCAGGGCAACGAGCAACGCUUGGAAGACUGUUCAUUUUGGUCCGAGCAUGACUGCGUUUCCCGCGAGGAAGCCGGUGUGGUUUGCUUAAACCCGGAACCGAUAAAGUGGCAAUACAAUAUCAGGCAGCCGCAGAUUGAAAACGUGAAUUCCAAGAAAUCAGAACUCAUGCGGAAUCAACCUUUUGUUGCGAACCUGAGUGAUUCGUUUGGACGGAAAGGUUCUUUUGUAAUGGCGCAUCUUCUACUGGAUCAAAUUGUCACCGGACCCUUUUGUGUGGACCAAUUUCGCGGUGCUGAGGCCAACGUUGUUUGCAGAUCGGCAGGUUUUCGACUGGGAAUUGCUUAUUCAAAGUUACCUCUGAAUAUUUCAUUGUGGACUGUUCCUCAUCCGGUAGUACGGAUCGGACAUUGCUUCGGGAAUGAGUCCCAAAUCGAAGAUUGCGUCACAUUCGCAAGCCCUGAAGGAGUUCCUUGUUCGGACAAGACCGUCGGAGUGGUUGUCACUUGUGGAACUGCUCUACCGGACCUUGAGCCUGAUGUCAUGGCACUACAGAAUUCCGCCUACAGCACCGUCAUCCCCCUAUUCCAGGCGCAGUGUGCCCUAGAAGAAAACUGCUUUCCACCAAGUGUUUAUAACCUAAUCAGCCGAAAUCCACGUAUGGCACUGAUGCACAUGCGUCGACUGUUGCGUUUCUCUUCUAUCAUACACAAUGUGGGAACCGACGUAUUCCGUCCGCAUGAACCACCGGAACGAUGGGUGUGGCACGCCUGUCACAUGCAUUAUCACAGCAUGAAAGUGUUCUCCUACUACAAAGUGGUCAACGCCAAACACCAAGUUCUUGCGGUCGGAUUGAAGGCCAGUUUCUGUCUUGAAGAUAAUGCUUGUAAACCUGGAUUCAAAAAACUCUUCAGAUGUUCAACUACUUUGUCAACCAGGGGAGAUCAAGGUAUUAGCCCCGGAUGCCAAGACAACUACUUCCAUGACUACGAUUGUCAAUGGCUCGAUAUCACAGAUCUGCCUGCUGGUUCCUAUACUUUCCAACUGAUACUGAACCCCGACUUUCUAGUCCCGGAAAUGACGUACGAGAAUAAUGCCGUAUCUUGUGACCUGACCGUCGGACGUCAACAUAAUAGUGCAUCACUCAGAAACUGUCACCUGACCCACCCUUACGAUUUAGAAUGAUUUUUUCCAAGCCCACCUGUUUUUUUCGAAGGAUGAAAUAGAUCACUGCUGCACUUGGCUAGAAACUUUCUGCCCGCACAAUUAUUCUUUUCAAUGACACCCAAGUUUUUCCGAACCAACCACCACUUCGUUGCUGACUCAUUUGUCAUCAUUAAAUUUAGCCAUAAAUUUUGAACAGGCAAAACAUUUUCACUGUCUAUAAACUUUGAUGUGGCAAAAUAGCUCUUCCUCAGAUUGUUCGAUCGUAA